AUGGCCUGGAAAAGCAUGCCUACUGAGGUAUGGGAACUCAUUAUUUGUCAGGUUCCUAGUCAAUCCGAUGUAGCAAGUAUACGCAGGGUCUCGAAACACUUCCAGAAUACCGCUCUCCGAUCUUUAUACAGAACCAUUGAGAUUAGAGCAAAGGACGAGUGGAACCUCGUAGAUCUAAGUCUUGAUUCACUUCUGCGAACUUUAGAUAAGCAUCCAGAAUAUGUCAACUAUGUAAAGAAUGUUUGUAUAUCCGCUCCAGUCCACCAAAACCUUAAAUACCGCUGCCCUCACCUGUAUGAGGGAGAUAGCAAGUAUAUGGAAACUUUCCAAGAAGCGUACGAGGAAGAAUAUGAGGAGAUGGACCACCAGGAAUGUGAAAAAGGGGAGUAUAGUAAGCCAAGCCAGGAUGUUUUUCUAAGCGACCUCCGUUCUGGAGUUCUAGCCCUCCUCCACUGCUUGCGAGAUAACCAUCUGAGUAGCUUCUCUUGGCAGUUAGGGACAUGUGUACCCUCAGAGUUACUCGGCCUUUCCGGGCAAUUGUUGAGAAAGCAAAACCAGAUUGAAUCUCUGUCACUCGUCACAGACACAUGGUGCCAUCUGAACAAUGGAAUCAAACAGACAAACCGAACAAUUCCUAAACCUAUCGGUUUUACGUCUCUUCAAUCGAUUUCAUGGCGAGGGAUACAUUCGAGAAGUGACUUUUCGGCUCUACAAGGUGCGCUUCAGGCAAACUCGAAGCACCUCAAAACUCUGGAGCUAGACUUGGCCAAAUGGAUGUCCGCUGAGUUUGACUACCACUAUAAAAGUUGGAACCACGAUAAAUCUCAGCACUUUCAGGCCUAUGAGGAUGCUCGUCUUGGCGCGCUUGAUAAAGAUGCCCUCACACUUUUGCAUAUUCGCAGAACGGGAAUUGAUGAGUGCAAAAGACAGAUGGGGUAUAUGGGAGCUUCAUCUGAGAACAGAUCUUUAUACGACUUUGCUGUGUGGGCUUUUGGCCCACAUGGAUUUCCUCGCCUUCGGGUGUUAGCUUAUGGUGACUUCUCUUAUGGGAAUCGCUAUGCUCAGCAGAACACACUAUUCCGGAGAAGGUCAAGCUCUGGCUUGAACACCACCAAUUUUACUGCUCAAUUAGAACCAACAAGCUUUGAAGUAGUGAGGAGCGAUAGAUAG